AUGGCGUUCCUGUGGCUUCUGUCCUGCUUCGCCCUUGUGGGGGCUGCUGUUGGCUGCGGGGUCCCCGCCAUCCACCCCGUGCUCAGCGGCCUGGCCAGGAUCGUCAACGGGGAGGACGCUGUCCCCGGCUCCUGGCCCUGGCAGGUGUCCCUGCAGCACGCAAACGGCUUCCACUUCUGCGGGGGCUCCCUGAUCAGCGAGGACUGGGUGGUCACCGCCGCCCACUGCGGGGUCAGGACGUCCGACCUCGUGGUGGCCGGGGAAUUUGACCAGGGCUCCGACGAGGAGGACAUCCAGGUGCUGAAGAUCGCAAAGGUUUUCAAGAACCCCAAGUUCAACUUACUCACCGUCCGCGACGACAUCGCGCUGCUGAAGCUGGCCACGCCCGCGCGCUUCUCCGACGCGGUGUCCGCCGUGUGCCUGCCCCGCGCCGACGCCGACUUCCCCGCGGGCACCGAGUGCGUCACCACGGGCUGGGGGAAGACCGCGCACAGCGCCAGCAAGACCCCCGAGAGGCUGCAGCAGGCCACGCUGCCCCUCCUGUCCACCGCCGAGUGCAAGAAGUUCUGGGGCUUCAAGAUCAAGGACUCGAUGGUCUGCGCAGGCGCCAGCGGCGUCUCCUCCUGCAUGGGCGACUCGGGGGGCCCCCUGGUGUGCCAACAGGACGGGGCGUGGACCCUGGUGGGCAUCGUGUCCUGGGGCAGCAACACCUGCUCCACCUCCACGCCGGCCGUGUACUCGCGGGUCACCGAGCUCAUGCCCUGGGUGCGGCAGAUCCUGGAGGCCAACUGAGCCCCCGGCCACCCCCACCCCAAGGAGCCCCAAUAAAGUCAUCUA